CCUAAAGAGCACAGUUGAUUUAACGUAGUAUGUUGAGCUGCGGUUAGGGAGGAGUACAGAAGGGAGGUAACGUUACUGGAGUUGUCAGACUCGCUGCUGCGACAGACAUCAAGCAGUUCACGAAUCCACAGGUUCAACUUAAACACUCCAGCUCGAGAAUCGAAUAAAAAGCACCAUGGCUGUAGAAGGGGGAUCAAAGUGUGUCAAAUACCUGCUGUUUUUCUUUAAUUUAAUUUUCUGGAUAUGUGGGCUAGCCUUAAUAGUUCUUGGUGUAAUAGCCCAAGUUGCUCUUCACAACACAGCGGUCCUCAAAGGAGCUUCUGGUGGAGCCCUUGUGCUAAUCGGGGUGGGGGUCAUCAUCUUCUUCAUCGCCUUCUUUGGCUGCUGUGGGGCCCUGAAGGAGAAUCACUGCAUGGUCACAACGUUUGCUGUAAUUCUCUCUCUCAUAACCAUCAUUGAAAUUGGGUCAGCUAUUGCUGUUUAUGUCUACCGUGGAGAAGUGAAUGAUCUGGUUACUGAGGGAUUUAAAGAAAUAAUCGACAACUAUAAUACCACAGCGAGUUCCGGGAAAGCCAUUGAUGAAAUACAGAUUGAGUUAAAGUGCUGUGGAGCAAACUCCUCUGAUGACUGGUUGAACUUCAAACCAGCCCACGAUUCGGUCCCAGACUCCUGCUGUAUAAACAUGACUGCAAACUGUGGUAUUGGAGCAAUUCACAAUCACAACAAAAUCCACACACAGGGAUGUCAGCCGGCUGUAGUGGAGUCUCUCAAACGAAGUAUUCUUUGGGUUGGUGUGGCUGCUCUGGUUAUUGCAUUUGUACAGAUGACGGGCAUCGUGUUGGCAUGCGUUCUGAUGAGAGCCAUUCGCGAGGGGUAUGAAAUCAUGUGAUUGCUUCAAGUCACAACAUUUCAACCCAAAUCUGGGAAGAGGGACAAACUUGUCACUUAAAGCUCUUAGAGACCAUACAGGUGUUCUAUUUUUCUUUUUUAAGAGGCAGAUAUUUCCCCCUCUUGCAGUUUAAUUUAAAAAUGCAUUUUCACAGUACUAAGUAAAUAUAUAUCAAUAUCAAUAUAUAUAUAUCCAUGUUUUCUGUUGACUCUCCACUCAGUAAUUGUUUCUUUAGUUCUUUUUUUUUUAUGUGACUUUUACCUUUUUAUCAGCAUUCUUAGUCGACCACACUUUCCUUUUGGGUUAAAGGAAAAUGAUUGUACUUCUUCAAAACAAAAUCUACUGAUAUUACCAAUUUUAUAUAUUUUUAGUCUAAUACAUCCAAUGUCAAACAAACAAUAAAAUGUUUGUAACAUG